UAUACUUAUUUUUAAAAUUUUUGUUUCAGAUUCAAUGCAAUCGUUGUGCAAAAACCACUUUCUUCAAAACCUUUACAGGAAGAUCGAUGGCGCACUCCUUUGGUCGCAAAACGAGAGAAAUUUGGACUGUAUCAUAACGUUUCAAACUCAUUCCAUUCUUCAAAGAUUUAUGCUUCGCUUCGAUUUUCUUCAGUUAGAUUGCAAUGAUCAUUUAUAUAUUUACGAUGGUGCUCACGCUGUAGGAACCUAUAAGUUCGACUUGUCUUGUAAGAAUACGAAACAAAACCUUGGGGCCAUGUUUACACGUACUAACUACGUAACGCUGAAGUACGUGACCGAUGCUUGGGGAACCGACUCCAAUGGAUUUAAAUUGGUCAUCACAGCUGUGAAAGAUCCCAAGCACGCAUGCACGGAAUUCCGCUGUAACUUAAGAGAGUUUUGCAUAGCAACUGAACUUGUAUGUGACGGUAUCAACCACUGUGCUGAUGGUUCAGACGAGACGUCCACUAACCUUUGCCAAAAUAGUGACUCGGGCACGAUUUUGGGAUUAGAAGUGACAUGGUUCGUCGUAGUAGUUGUUAGCACUCUUUUAGUCCUUUUGGUGCUUAUUGUCGCUGUUUCUGUCUGCAUAUGCAGGAUGGGAUGGCCGAACUCCUCCUCUGGGAAUGGCACAGUGCAACAGCAGAACGCUUCCUAUUCCCUACAACAAAUGUACGGCUCUAACGGCGCCAUGAAGGCCAGCACGGGCAGCAUGACGACGUUGACGGUGACAACGACGGGCACUCCUGGGGGUGGUGUCCAUCAACAUCAGCAGCCGGGAAACUGGUGCCACCCUGCGGGCCCACUAGGGUUCCGCCUCAGCACGCCGGUGGGUCCGCCUCUACUGCCAGGCAAAGUGAGACUUGCGCCACCCGCCAAUGGCGGAAGCGCUGACACUGACCACGUUUCUUCUAGCCAGAAGGAUGAGUGGUUCGUCUAG